AUGGCAACCCAAUUUCAAGAUGGCAGCAGCAACAAUCGCUACCGCUCAAAGUGUCCAGGCCCCCUCUCUCUACAGUCAUCACAGCGUUUCCAGCCCUACCAGAGACCCUCUCACUCACUCAGAUUUGCUCCAAAGUCCGACUGUGUUUCCCCACUAGUCCAGACCAGAGACUACGUCCCAACCCCUCCCUGUCCCGCCCCAGGAACCUGGGCCAACACCUUCAGCUUCGACGACUACAGCACAAAAGUGUGGGCAACGGACAUGUUCCAUCAACAGCGGCUCCAGGUGCAGACUGCGUUGAUCCAAAGAGAGAUCCUGAUGUCGACCCCUGGUAUCAACCCCUACCCGAGUUGUACUUACACCCCACGAGCCUCCACACCCAUUACUCCAUACGGGGUCUACGACAACCUCGCCCAUAGCAUCAUGAAGGAAGAGUGCGACACCGGCUACUUCAGCUCGUCCGACAUCUCCAGAGUGACUCCAGAUGGCGACAUCGCCGACGACGUCCUUGACAGCAGGCCGGAUUCACCCAGCAGUGACAUGUCAGAGAAACGACCUGUUGAAAACACCGUGUUCGCCACACCAGUCAUACCCGAUUACAAACCAGAAUUCACCAGCUUGCCGAUCAUACCACAGAUUGUCCCAGAGAUCUUCAAGGUCAACCCAGAGGUCAACCAUGAGGUCCACACUAGUUCAAACCACAAACACAAAAAUGCAAGUCUCCAAACCUCAGAUCCUUCUUCCUACACUCUCGAGUCUCUACCCAAGAAGAAGCCUCACCAAGAACCGGGCAACUACGAGUGUCUGACUUGUGGGAAAGUGUUUGCAUGGAAGACUGGUCUUGUGACCCACAAGCGUGUACAUACCGGUGAACGACCCUACAAGUGCCCAGUCUGUCCUAAAGCCUUCAGCGACUACUCCACAUACAGCAAGCACUGCCGCAUCCACUCCGGCCACAAGCCCUACAGUUGCGACGUCUGUGGCAAAGCCUUCACUCAGUCAGGUAACAGACUGAGGCAUAUGAGGACUGUACACAAGGUUACUCUGUGCAGCAGCAACAAUCGCUACCGCUCAAAGUGUCCAGGCCCCCUCUCUCUACAGUCAUCACAGCGUUUCCAGCCCUACCAGAGACCCUCUCACUCACUCAGAUUUGCUCCAAAGUCCGACUGUGUUUCCCCACUAGUCCAGACCAGAGACUACGUCCCAACCCCUCCCUGUCCCGCCCCAGGAACCUGGGCCAACACCUUCAGCUUCGACGACUACAGCACAAAAGUGUGGGCAACGGACAUGUUCCAUCAACAGCGGCUCCAGGUGCAGACUGCGUUGAUCCAAAGAGAGAUCCUGAUGUCGACCCCUGGUAUCAACCCCUACCCGAGUUGUACUUACACCCCACGAGCCUCCACACCCAUUACUCCAUACGGGGUCUACGACAACCUCGCCCAUAGCAUCAUGAAGGAAGAGUGCGACACCGGCUACUUCAGCUCGUCCGACAUCUCCAGAGUGACUCCAGAUGGCGACAUCGCCGACGACGUCCUUGACAGCAGGCCGGAUUCACCCAGCAGUGACAUGUCAGAGAAACGACCUGUUGAAAACACCGUGUUCGCCACACCAGUCAUACCCGAUUACAAACCAGAAUUCACCAGCUUGCCGAUCAUACCACAGAUUGUCCCAGAGAUCUUCAAGGUCAACCCAGAGGUCAACCAUGAGGUCCACACUAGUUCAAACCACAAACACAAAAAUGCAAGUCUCCAAACCUCAGAUCCUUCUUCCUACACUCUCGAGUCUCUACCCAAGAAGAAGCCUCACCAAGAACCGGGCAACUACGAGUGUCUGACUUGUGGGAAAGUGUUUGCAUGGAAGACUGGUCUUGUGACCCACAAGCGUGUACAUACCGGUGAACGACCCUACAAGUGCCCAGUCUGUCCUAAAGCCUUCAGCGACUACUCCACAUACAGCAAGCACUGCCGCAUCCACUCCGGCCACAAGCCCUACAGUUGCGACGUCUGUGGCAAAGCCUUCACUCAGUCAGGUAACAGACUGAGGCAUAUGAGGACUGUACACAAGGUUACUCUGUAAACCUUCGCUCUGUAAAUCACCAGUGCUAUCUGUUUCUACUGUAUACUACGAG